AUGACUGGCUGCGAUGCGCUCCCGGACUACUACGCGAUCCUCUCCGUCUCCCCGACAGCUUCCGCCGCCGAGAUAAAGCAAGCGUACCACAAAGCCUUGCUUCUGUACCACCCGGACAAGCAUCACACCCACCAGAACGGAGAUCACCGCAGUAGCGUCAACGUCGACGUCACGGUCGCUCUGUUGCAACGGGCGCACCAGGUCCUCGCCUCUCCCGCGGACAGAGCGGUCUACGACGCUUCUCGCGCUGAGGCGGGUACCAAGAAGGGUCCGCGCCCGGCGCAGGUCGUCUCGCUGGAGGACUUCAACGACGACGAGGAUAGCGCGGGGCAGCCGACGUGGACGUACGCUUGCCGCUGCGGCGGGAGAUACGUCGUCACGGAGAGGGAGCUGGAGGAGGGUCAGCACCUUGUUGGCUGUGUUAGUUGUUCGGAGGUCGUCUGGGUAGGCUACGAGGUAGCGGAGGAGGAUAUAGAUGCUGGCAAGUGA